AUGUCUGUCGGGCAGGUCUACCCAGACCUGGCCACGGGCGAGAACUUCCGCGCCUACAUCCAGAGGGCGAUGGUGGAGGACCCGGACGAGGACCCCCUCGAGUUCGGGCGGAUCGCUUACGAGCGCUUCGUCCAGAUCGUGGAGAUGUUCGGCGCUUUCCAGGACGAGGAGCGCAUGAAGAAGGAGGAGGCCGCGAGGCGCGGGACGAGCUUCAGCACCGAAGAGGUCGCGGACUUCCGGGACCUGUUCCUGGCUACCAGCGCGAGCGGCAGUUCAUUGGAUUUCGAGGAGCUGAAGAGGAUGCUCCGCCACAUCAUGCCCCUCGGCGAGACCAACGUCGCGAGGCUCCAGGAGGUCGUACGUUCGUGCCUCGAGGCCUCGGGGAAGCAGGCCCUCGCCGACGCCGCCCUGAGGGACGUCGCGCUCGACUUCCCGGAGUUCCUGUGGCUGAUGCAGGGCAUGGUCGACCAGGACCUCGUGGGCCUGCAGCGGGCGUCCCCGCGCGGCGCGCAGAGGUCGCCCUCCUCCGCCUCGAGCAGGCGGUCCGGCGCCAGGCCGGAGAAGCCGGCCCCGGGGUCCACGGCCGCGCGGCGGCUCGCGACGACGGGGUGGAGCGGCGGAGCCUCGGACGCCGGGGGCCCGGGCACGGCGCCCGCCGCCGCUUGA